AUGUCUCUGAACGAAGUCUGGGAGGCAGCCUCCGCAUCCCCUUUCCAACCUGUUGUGUCAAAGGACGGCCAGUUUUCUGUCGGCUUCAGUCUUCUCCUUCUUGCUUUAAUCUUCACCGGUCUCUUCGGCUUGAAUCGAUCUUUCCUUAGCCUUGCGUCCCUCGGUGUCCCAGCUUCGUUACUCUUUGGUUUCGGAGCUGUGUUCAUGAUCUGCGCCGUCGGAGUCUAUGUUUAA